CUUGGAAUCCAUUCGUCCAAAAAUAUCCUCUCCGAACCCAAAAUCUUCCUUCCCCUUAUGCCAAGAGACCAAGAAUCAAACGUGGGCUCAUCAACUAUAGCACUCUUCCUAGUCCCUCAUGUGCCCUCGAUUGCUCGUCUGCUGUCGGCGGUCAGUUUCUGUUCUGUAGCAGCGACGUCGUCUAUCAGAGUAAAAUGUGCAAAAGAAUAGGAAGUUGAUGGCAGCAGCAGAAGCAAGGGCUGUGUGGCAGAGAACAGCUAAUCGUUGUUUUGUUCAAUAAGAUGCCAAAAGAGCUCCCAAAUUAGCUUGCUGCCAAUCCUCAUCUUCAACAACUAAGCAGGUUGAUGCAGGGCCUGCAACUGUAGCAAAAGGGCCAGAUCAUCCUGCUGCUGGCUUCAUGCCUCUUAAUAGGAAUCCUUCAUUGUUGCGCUUCAUCUCUUUGACGCUCGGAGAAUGCAGGCUUCUGGCGUAGUACAAGAUCACAGAGUGACAGUGGUCAAUAUUGGAUCACCAUGAGUAUAAGAUGGCCGAGGCUUCUAACACCCACGCACCUCUCUCAGAUUAUACGAAAGCAGAAAAACCCAUUAACAGCUCUCCAAAUUUUCAGUGAAGCUAAAUGCAAAUACCCCAAUUACCGUCACAACGGUCCAGUUUAUGCCAACAUGAUCAGCAUACUCGGAAACUCAGGCCGAAUCAAUGAGAUGAAGGAAGUAAUUAAUGAGAUGAAAAACGACUCCUGUGAAUGCAAAGAUUCAGUUUUUGUUUCUGUAAUUAAGACCUAUGCAAGAGCUGGGUUGCUGGACGAGGCAGUGUCUCUUUUCAAGAACAUUUCACAGUUCAACUGUGUGAAUUGGACGCAGUCUUUCAAUACCCUUUUGGAGAUUAUGGUGAAAGAGUCCAAGCUUGAAGCAGCUCAUCGUAUUUUCAUGGAGCAUUGUUGUGGAUGGGAAGUGAGCUCGCGGGUUCGGUCCUUGAAUUUGCUUAUGCUUGCUUUGUGCCAAAAGGGUCGUUCAGAUAUUGCACUGCAAGUUUUCCAAGAGAUGGAUUAUCAAAGUUGCAAUCCGGAUAGGGAAAGUUACCGGAUACUAAUG